CUCUUUGUUUCAACGGGCGAGGAUUUUUCGAAACAAAAGCUCGUGGUUCUUUCUGAGAACGAGUUUUCUUGGGCUUGAAUUUAUUGGUCUCUUCGAUAAGCUCGACUUCGAUUCCCGCCACUUCUCUACGGGUGGAGAUGAUUUUACUUGUAGAAGGAUGAGAUGGCUGAGAUGAAAUUGGAAGAACGUUGUCUUGAGAAUAAACAAUCAACGGCUGCUUCGAGCUCCUCUGUAUCCGAAGGCAGUGGUAGUGGAAAUCUCAAGUCCCCGGGGACGUGUAGCCCAGCCCCAACAUCAGCGUCUCCUCGGAGAGCCACUGGCCCAAUUAGACGAGCGAAGGGUGGUUGGACUGCACAGGAGGAUGAGACAUUAAGGAAUGCUGUUGCAGCUUUUAAGGGGAAGAGUUGGAAGAAAAUAGCUGAGUUUUUUCCUGAUAGAUCCGAAGUUCAAUGUCUGCAUCGAUGGCAGAAAGUUCUAAAUCCGGAUCUUGUAAAAGGACCAUGGACUCAAGAGGAGGACGAUAAAAUCAUUGAACUGGUAUCAAAAUAUGGGCCUACAAAAUGGUCUUUGAUCGCCAAGUCCUUGCCUGGUCGCAUAGGGAAACAAUGCCGAGAAAGGUGGCACAAUCAUUUGAAUCCAGAUAUUAAAAAAGAUGCUUGGACUUUAGAGGAGGAAUUAGCUCUCAUGAAAGCCCACCGGAUGCAUGGGAACAAAUGGGCUGAAAUAGCUAAGGUUCUACGUGGAAGAACUGACAAUGCUAUAAAGAAUCACUGGAAUAGUUCCUUGAAGAAAAAGUUAGAUUUCUAUUUGGCUACUGGGAAACUUCCACCACUUCCAAAGAACAGUCCCCAAAAUGGUGCUAAAGACACGAAUAGAUCCACUGUAGCUAAAAACUUAGUUGUUUGUUCAAAUAAAGGCUCGGAUUCAACUGCCCAAUCAUCAUCAGGAACUACAGACAUUUGUAAGACAAAUGAAAAUAGCAAGGAUCAGUUAGUUUCCUCAGCUCCACCUCGUGACGUGGGUGCUUCAUUAAAUGUCAUUCCAAAUAGUUCUGCUGAUUCUGAAUGUGAAGAAUGCAAGGCAGGAUCAUCCAAUAUGGAUCUUAGCUGCAGUAACUCAGGGUCAGUGCCAAAUUUUGAGAAUUCUGGAAUCAACAGUGAGCCAAAGUUUGAGAAUUGUGCAAUCAACAGCAAGCUGAAGAUUGACAAUUGUGGAAUCAACGAUGACCCAAUGGUUGAGAAAUGUGGAACCAAUAGCAAAAUUGAUGAAGACAAAGUUAUUGGAACACCUUUGUCAUUUGAAACUCCAAUAUAUGGUUCUUUGUACUAUGAGCCACCACAGUUAGAAAGUUGUAAUCCAUUAGAUGUCGAUGUUCUGAACUUUAGCUGCAUGCAGCAUGAGUACAACUCGAGUCCGAUUGUGUCGCCUAUUAGUUUCUUCACUCCGCCUUGUGUGAAGGGCGGUCGUUUAAGCAUGCCGAGUCCGGAGUCAAUAUUGAAAAUGGCCGCUAAGAGCUUCCCCAAUACUCCUUCCAUAUUAAGAAAGAGGACGACUGGAGGUCAAAAGCAUCUGCAUCCUAAUAAAAUUGCGAAAGCAGAUGAGGAAUCAGUUAAAAAUGUUGUUCAUGGUUCUGAUGAACAGAAAAAAAGUAACAGUUUGGAGAAGUCCGAGUGUCAAGAUGAAAGUUUGUGUGAGAGUCCGACUUGUCAUGGUAACAGUAUUAUUGGGGCUAAUGGUGAGGCUUUUAAUGCAUCUCCUCCAUAUCGGUUAAGAUCCAAACGAACUGCUGUUUUGAAGUCUGUAGAGAAACAACUUGAUUUCACAUUUGCGAAAGAGAAGUGUGAUGGUAAUACCAAAUCCAUAGAAUUAUCCACAAACGGGAGCUCCCCUGUUACUGAAGAUUGUUCGCAUGCAACAAAGAUUGGAGUGACCUAGGGCUUUAAUCGGAUAAAGGUUGGAAAUCUUUUGAAGUUGGUUGAUAGUUUCCUUUGGUGCGGCGACCAAAUUUUUCAUUCUACAAAAGCUGCUCAAAAGCGACCAAAUAUUUUGAAGUUGGAUGCUUGGAACAUCAAUAAAUAUCUCCAAUGGCAUAAUCAUCUUGCAGAUACUGGUUAGUAGGUACACGGACAAUUUUUUUUCGUCAUACCCACAUGAACAAAAGUGAGUGGCAGGAGGCUUCUGGUAAGUGUAGAAUAAGAAAGGAUAGGUCCCAAAUUACCUGUGAAAAUAGAUUUGACUGUACUGGAUUUGUACAGAUACCCCAUCGUAAGAAGGGAAAUGAUGCUUGAAAACUUCAUUGCUCUCUCUCUCUCCCCCCCCCCCCCCCUCCCCCCUUGAUGUCUUGGAUUCUUUUCUACAUAUUUCUACAGGUGGAAGUAGCAAUGUAAUUGUACUCGUAAGACUUCUGUACUUCAAAAAAAAAAUACAAGUCUUACUUCGAAUGGUGCAUACUGAUUUGUUGUCCCA